AUGUAUCAUGUUUUGACUAAAAACACAACAGUAACAGAUCACAACCGCAACCUGCUGGUGGAGACUAUUCGUUCUAUAACAGAGAUCCUUAUAUGGGGGGAUCAGAAUGACAGCUCAGUAUUUGACUUUUUCUUGGAGAAGAAUAUGUUUGUUUUCUUCUUGAACAUUUUGCGUCAGAAGUCUGGUCGUUAUGUGUGCGUACAGCUACUGCAGACUCUGAACAUCCUUUUUGAGAACAUCAGUCAUGAAACAUCACUGUACUACCUGCUCUCUAAUAACUAUGUAAAUUCUAUUAUUGUCCACAAAUUUGACUUUUCUGAUGAGGAGAUCAUGGCAUAUUACAUAUCAUUUUUGAAAACUCUUUCAAAUCAUACUGUACAUUUCUUUUAUAAUGAGCACACUAAUGACUUCGCUUUGUACACUGAAGCUAUUAAAUUUUUUAACCACCCAGAAAGCAUGGUCAGGAUUGCUGUUAGGACUAUAACUUUAAAUGUCUACAAAGUGUCAUUGGACAACCAACCUAUGCUGCAUUACAUUAGAGAUAAAACUGCUGUCCCUUAUUUCUCCAACCUCGUUUGGUUUAUUGGAAGCCACGUGAUAGAACUGGAUAACUGUGUGCAGACUGAUGAAGAGCACAGAAAUAGGGGCAAACUGAGUGACCUGGUAGCAGAACAUCUUGAUCAUUUACAUUACCUUAAUGAUAUCCUUAUCAUUAAUUGUGAAUUUUUAAAUGAUGUGCUGACAGACCACCUACUCAAUAGGCUCUUUCUUCCCCUCUAUGUGUAUUCAUUAGUAAAUCAAGAUAAGGGUGGAGAGCGUCCAAAAAUAAGUCUUCAAGUUUCUCUCUAUCUUCUUUCUCAAGUUUUUCUAAUUAUACAUUACGCCCCUUUGGUGAACUCAUUGGCUGAGGUUAUACUUAAUGGUGACCUCUCGGUGUUUUCUUCUAAAGUUGAGCAAGAUAUACAGAAGAACUCAGCAAAGUCAAGUAUCAGAUGUUUCAUAAAACCAACAGAAACACUUGAGAGGUCUCUUGAAAUUAACAAACAGAAGGGGAAGAAGAGGGUGCAGAAAAGACCCAACUAUAAAAAUGUUGGGGAAGAAGAUGAAGAGGAGAGAGGAUCUGAAGAUAACCAAGAUGACCUAGAUAAAACUAAAGGUACAGAUGCGAGUUCAAAGGGCAUCAGAACAAGCAGUGAAAAUGAAGAAAUAGAGAUGGUAAUCAUGGAGAGAUGUAAACUGUCAGAAUUGUCUAUCUCUACUGUGACAGAACAGAAUACAACAGAUGAAGAAAAGAGUGCAGCUGCCUCUGGGAGUGAGAUAACAAACUGGAACAGGCCUUUCCUUGAUAUGGUCUAUAAUGCACUGGACUGUGCUGAAGAUGAUUACUAUGCUCUCUUUGUGCUCUGUCUUCUGUAUGCAAUGUCACACAACAAAGGAAUUGACCCAGUCAAGCUGGAGAGAAUUCAACUUCCAGCUCAACAUGCUGAAGAGAGAAAUUCAUAUAAUCAUGUACUUGCAGAAGGGCUCAUCAGGAUAAUGAAUUAUGCUGCACAACCAGAUGGAAAAAUCCGUUUGGCAACUUUAGAACUUGGCUGCCUGUUGCUGAAGCAGCUUGUUUUUUCUAAAAAUGGCAGCAUCAUAAAAGAUGUUCACCUUGCUUGCCUUGAGGGUGCAAGGGAAGAAAGUGUUCAUCUCCUUCGUCGUUUCUAUAAGGGAGAAGAAAUUUUUCUGGAUAUGUUUGAAGAUGAAUACCGGAGUAUGACAAUUAAGCCCAUGAAUGUAGAGUACUUGAUGAUGGAUGCCUCAAUCUUGUUGCCUCCAACGGGGACACCACUGACUGGUAUUGAUUUUGUGAAAAGAUUGCCUUGUGGAGAUGUGGAAAGAACACGAAGAGCAAUCAGAGUCUUCUUUAUGCUCCGUUCGCUAUCACUGCACUUGCGAGAUGAGCCAGAAACUCAGUUACCGCUCACGAGGGAGGAAGAUCUGAUAAAGACAGAUGAUGUUCUUGACCUGAAUAACAGUGAUCUAAUUGCUUGUACAGUCAUAACAAAGGAUGGCGGUCAAGUUCAAAGAUUCCUGGCUGUGGAUAUUUACCAGAUGAGUUUGGUUGAGCCAGACGUUGCCAGACUUGGAUGGGGGGUAGUUAAGUUUGCAGGCCUUUUGCAGGAUAUGCAGGUGACGGGAGUAGAGGAUGACAGUAGAGCUCUGAACAUAAUAAUUCAUAAGCCUGCCUCAAGUCCUCAUUCUAAGCCAUUUCCUAUCCUUCAAGCUACAUUUAUUUUUUCUGAUCAUAUUCGCUGCAUUAUUGCAAAACAACGUCUUGCAAAAGGCCGUAUCCAAGCUCGGCGUAUGAAAAUGCAGAGAAUAGCAGCUCUCCUGGAUCUUCCUGUUCAGCCUUCAACUGAAGUUGUUUUGGGUUUUGGACACAGCUCUGCAGCUGCAGCCCAACACCUUCCAUUUAGAUUUUAUGAUCAGUCACGACGUGGUAGCAGUGAUCCUACAGUGCAACGCUCUGUUUUUGCAUCCGUUGACAAAGUCCCAG